AUGAUUAGGACAACAUCCAUCUCCGAAUCGGAGAACAGUUUCUACAAAAGAUUUCUGAAGCCCCGUGCGAACAUAGCCGAGUUCUACAUGAAUUUCAACCAUGCUGUUGAGUUUCAGCGUAACAGUAGGACGGCGUUAGACUACCACGAUGCCACUGCUUUGCCCAUUUUGGCAACUACAUUGCCGUUUGAGAAACAUGCUUCGACGCUUUACACGGAUACGAUGUUCAGGAAAAUACAGGAAGAAAUCGUUGAGGGUAAUGAUAGAUGUCGCGUGCUAGGAUUUUCUUCGACUGAAUUUGUUGACACCUACAAGCUUGGGGAUAGCAAUCGCAAAUCGUAUUUGGUGACUCAUGAUAGGAGUGCUGAGUCAUAUUAUUGCGAAUGCAAACUAUUUGGUAGGCAUGGAUAUUUGUGCAGCCAUAUUUUUUUCAUUUUCAAGAACAAUGAGUUGAAGAAAUUACCUGAAAAAUACUGCCAAAGUAGAUGGAUGAAGACUCCGCUAGCCAAGGCGGUCCAUGGGGAAAUCCAUGAUGACAUUCCUACCAGAUCUGUUGUUGACGAUAGGCAAGCAGUGUCAAAGCAAGGCAUUUCUAUGUUCUAUGGUUUCCUCCGGCGGUUUGAGGAAGACAUUGAUUUGCUACGAGCAUUUGUAGGCGGCGUUGAAGAACAUGGUAAAUCUCUGCAAGCUGGGAAUCCAACAACGUCAGCAAUUGAAAAAAGGCGAAUGAUUGAAGAGUUCUAUGGCAUGGUGCGGCCUGAAGUUGUGGAGGUUCAUCCUCCAAAUGUGGUCAAGACCAAGAGGCAUGCUAGCAGCUCAAAGAGCCGACUGAUUUCGAAAAGGGAAAAGGCUCUAAAUGAUGCUAGUCGGCCUCAAAGACGGUGUAAGGCUUGCGAUGAGAUGGGCCACCAUGACUCCAGAAAUUGUCCUAGACUUAAAGAAAUGGAGAUAGAGAAAGAGUUGGGGAAGGGCAAGAGUACGAUGUGA